AAGGUCGCCGUGACCCUCAAGUCCAAGACCACGCCGGAGAGGAACUACCAGGUCAAGGUCGUGUCGCCGUGGAAAACUUUCGGCGGAGACGUGACGUACAUAAACAGCCAGAGUCUGAAGCAGCUGGAAGUCCGAGCGUCGGUGGACGAGAAGAAAUACCGUUUCAACGUCCAACUGGGGAUCGCCAAGGACACCCAACAGACCACCUACACUCCGUUGCUGCAGUAUAGCACCCCGUCCACUCCUGGCACGACGGUCAUCGAGGGACACGUCACUCACGUGCCGGAUCAAAGGAUCGACUUCGAUUUCAAGAACCCGGAUUCAGAUCGAUAUUCCCUCAACGGAGAGAUCAAGUACGACAUCGCAGAGAAGAACAAGAAGGUGGAAGUGAAGAAAUUGAACGCGGUGAUCGGAGAUUCGAAGCUGAAGGUGGAAGGCGCAUUGAAGCUGGAGGGGACGGUGAGGGCCCUCGAGGGAGACGUGGAAUACGCCUGGAAGGGCGGGGAGCCCGAGAGGAUGAGGUUCUCGGGGAAGCACGAGGACCUGUCGAGGGCGGGGGAGGAUGUGCACUGGAGGACGGACGCGGAGUUCCAUGCCUCCGCUCGGCCGCAGUUGGACGCGACGGUGCGGUGGGAGUUCGCUCGGAGGACAGGCCUUGUGGAGAACGAGUUGGAGGUACUCUAUGGGAAGAAUCGGAGGUUUAACCUCUCGCAGCGGACUGCUUACAAGGGCUCGACUGGCGCCGACUUCAGGCUGAAUAACACCUUUUUGAUGUCUUACAGCCCAGGAGUCAACGAAUGGGGAGUGAAUCACACUCUCUACUAUGACUCUCGGCUCUUGGAGCAUUUCCUGAACGUGGACUACGGGCCAGGAAAGAACAUCCAGACUUCCCUCGUCUUCAGGAAUGAGACCCAAGAAAAACUCAACGUCCAACUGCACGCCAUGCUUAAAUAUGCCAAUCAAAUGAUCACGUUCCGCGAAACAUUGGAGGAGAAACACAAGGGAGACUACCGAGGGACAUCGCUAUUGCAAUUCGAACCAGGUCCGGAAUUCACGCUGAAAACUCGACUCUUGCGGGAGACCGCCAAGGAAUACAAGGUCCUUUUCACGGCCGAACUCGUGUCGGGCUCCUGGCUUCACCCCAUCAGCCUGGAACUGUUGGGGAAGAUGACGGAGUCGGAGCAGGUGUUGAAGGCAAAGCUGGACGCAUACGGUCGUAACAAGGUCCACCUUCUCCACAAGCUCAAGAUCCAGAAGGAAGUCGAGGACCGGAAGAUCAAGGUGUUCAUCGACGAGUACAUCGACGCGGAUGCGAAGGUCAUCGUGAGGGAAAUCGGAAAUGCGAACGGGGACUGGUCGCUGAACCUGCCGCAAUGGACGCGACGGAUGAAGGGGACCUGGGACUGGAAGCACAAGGGCGAGGAGGAGAGGUCCCUCAGCACGGAUCUCAACUGGGACGUGGACGGGGGAGACGAGAAGAAGAGGCUCCUGGUGGAUGCAGACCUGAGGCUGCCGAUCAAGGAUUGGGAGGCUUCGGUCAGGUCUACCGUCACGUUCAUGGGGGAGAGGUACACGGGAGGGGCGUCGGGGAAACUGUCCAAGGAGUUUCCGUCUGGGGAGUCGAGCGUGAGGCUCGAAUUCCAACUGCCGUCUGGGAAGGAUGCGUUCCUCGACAUGGCGAUCAACGUGAGAGAUCGACAGCAGACUUUCUACACCACCUCGGCCCUCAGCGUUAAGGAUCUCAAGGAUAAGGUCUACAGAAUGAAUUCGGAGGUGACGGUCGAGUACGAGGACAUCGGGAAGGGUCUGUUCGAAGUGAAAGCGGAUCUCAGUCUGGACACGCCGUGGACCGAGGACCUCAAGAUCCACUCGCUCUCCAAGCGGAAGAAGAAGGAAAACCUCUGGACAUUCGACAAUAAGGUACCGCAUGGAAGACACGACGUGCAAUACGAGACGAUGACACGAAAACUGCCCCCGCAGGUACGGAUCGCAGGAAAGAAGAUAGGCGAGACCCUGGAGCUAGGCUUCAAGGGCGACUACAGCGAAAAGCACGUGCACGGCACGUUCGUCCACAAGCGGGGCAACAGCGAGUCCACGCUCGCCGUCAAGACGAGGUACGACCUCGAGUCCAAGUCGGAGAAGCGGGUGGACUCGUCCCUCAGCCUUCGCAUCCCGCGGACCAUGUUCGAGCAUCUGGAUCUCACUUCCAAGCUCAACUAUUACGUUCAUGGAUCGAGGGACUUGAAGGUGAAGCACGAGUUGAGGCUGGAAUGGGGUCUGACGGAGGUCUACGACAUCAACACGGAACUCUUCGUCGACGCGGCUCAAGUGACGAGCAAGCUCCACAUCGUACAGAAUGGGAAUUCCGUGUUGAAGGUCGGCUUCGACGGGCAGCAGAACUACAUGCCGAGGUUGUUGAAGGCCCGACUGGACGUCCUGUUCCUGAAGCAGACGCUGGUCGUGGAACUGGACGCGUCCCGGGGCACAGGCUCCCACGUCUUCUUCAACGUGGACGCCCGAUUCCCCGCCUACGGCUAUCCGAAGCUGGAGGGCAAGCUCAACCUCGAGAUGAGGGGCCAGACGUACGAAAUUACGGCAAGUGGUCAGUGGGGCACCGGGAAGCUCAUCAAUCUCGGGGCUUCGCUGAAGCUGGAUCCGGACGUGAAGGAGGUCAACUUCAACUUGGAGACGCCGUUCGCGGAACCGGUCGUUCUUCGCAUGAAGCUCGAGACGAGAGGAACGGAGAAGUACCACGUGGAGUCACUGCUUCGGUGGGGACCAAACAAGUACUUGAACGUGGAUGGCACCGUUACCACGAACAUACCACUGGAAUUGUCGGCAACCCUGGACUUGGACAGCCCUGCUCUGAACAUCAAGAACUGGCUGAUGAAGUUCCGUUACGGAAACGACGGCCGCAAGAAUACGCUCACGCUCAAGGCGGAAUCCCAGGAUCGACCCAAACUCCUCGAUUCCAAGUUGGAGUACCGAGUCCGGGACGGAGAAGCGACGGGGGAGGGGAACUUCGUCUACAUGGACACCAAGGGGACCACGACUUUCAAGUGGACCAAAGACCACGAACAGGUCUCGUUCCUGAAGGCAACCCUCGAGGUCCCGGGCAGCGAGAAGCCCAUCUACAUCAACCUGAUGAAAGAACCAGGGGAAAAGACGGGAUCCGCCGUGCAGAUCCAGCUGACUGUCGACAACGGCCAGGCGUCCGUCUACGAAGUCCUGCUCCGGCUCAAGAACCAGUCCAUCCGAGACGGAACGGAGAAGGAAGCGAAGUUCAGAGUGAAGAUGACCAAGUCGGGCCGGGUCGAGGCGGACCACGAAUUCCACACCGUUUUGAGACAAUCUCGCCCCGACGAGUAUGUCCGCAUCUUCUAUUCCAUCACGGCCGGGACGAUCAAGAAGGAAUACGGCGUCUCCACCGCCAAGAACUCCUCCAGUUACGAGUUCUCGCUGGUGGUGCCGAGCCGAGAAAUAGCGACGGUGGUGAUGCUGGGCUCCAAGAUGAAAUCUUACGAUCUGGAUGCCCAUCUCUGGAUGGAUAAGAAAAACAAGCCCAAGGAUGUACUUCAUCUGGUCUGGUCCUUGAAGGAGAAGCCACUGAACCAAGGGAAGGGGUGGAAUCUUCGAACUACCCUCUCUCAUCCUAUCCUACCAAAGGAAAUGUUAGGGGAAGCCAGCGUGAUGUACGGACUCGAAGAAACUCCAUUCCUGGUGGAGACGAGAUGGGACAUCUUCGAAGGAGGGGUGGAACCCCUGGAAAUCACCCUCGCUUCCCAGCGCGAACCCGUUGCUGGGGACGGGGACGAGGAGACGAAGAUCACGGCGCAGUUCCGCAUCAGGCAGAGGGGGGAGGUGGAUUUUGCGUCCAUCUAUGAGGGGAUGAACACGAGGGAGGAGGUGGGGUCGAGCCUGACCAUCAAGGCGGGGAAGGAACGGCAGCCCCUGGUUCUCAAGUAUCACCUGCGGAGGGGGCGAAAGACCCCAGUCUUGGCCGUCUUGCUUCAGCUUGGAGAACACAAGACGGAGCUGGAUGCGGUUCAGACCGAGAGAGAGGCGAGAGGCGGGGACGUGACGCGAAGGGCGUACAAGAUGACCUUCCGUCAGACGGACACAGUUCCAAUCAAGAUGGAUGCCCUGGUCUUCUCCUAUCACGGGAUCCCUGGGUACUUCAACAUGAGCUUCUACGACAACGAUGACCCCGGGAGAAAACUGGAGAUGAGUCUGGGCUAUGAAAAUAAACGCAACUUUGGGAUCUCUGUGAGGGGCUUGAAUGAAACCUCAGACACGCUCUAUCUACUCUAUCAACUCGGUCUCAGGACGUCCACUCUCUUGUACAACCGGGUGGCUUGGAGGAGGGAGAACUUCGUCCCUUUUGCGCAAGGGCUCAACUACAGGCUGGAUAUGAUGAAGGAAAACGGCGAAGCCGUUAGGGAGCAUUUCAACAAGGUGCUCAAGGAAUGGAAGGACGAACUGAAUUCCCUCAAGGACACGGGCUUGGCCGUUCGUCCCCUGGCCGAGUUCUUGGAAAAGGACUUGGAUGCGUUCAGCCAAGAGCUCAACCGCGACCAAUACAUCGACUUCGUCCUCACUUUCUUCAGAUUCCCAGAUAUCCCUCCACUCGGGAGGAGGCUGAAGGAGAGGAUCCAGGCAGUUGGCCAGUUGAUGAAAGUGGCAGCAGACGGCGUUUCAGAGGCGAUGCAGAAGGCCCUGGACUACGUCACGGCUCCAGAGAGGUGGACUUUCAAUGGAAUCAAGGAAAUGGUUCUGAAAGCCUUCACCAAGCUGGAAGAGAUGCUCGAAAACGUCAGCGUCUGGUACGACAAAGUCACUUCCGGCGAAUACACUGCGUCCAAGUUCAACGACUUCAUUGACUCCAUCAAAGGAUUUGCACAGAAAGUUCACUUAGUGUGGGAAGAGGGAUGGCAGUGGCUGGAACAGGUCUAUGAGAACUCCAGCCUGGGGAAAUUUCAGGCCACAUUUGAAAACACUAAACAUGCAGUCAAGAAGGGAUGGGGAUAUGUCAUCAAGUGUCAUUACAUCAGACGGAUUUACGAAGUCUUUGAACAGAUAAAGGAAAAAGUGGAAGCUGUCAUCAUGUCAGACUCUUUGACUUCCAAACUGGAAUCUUCAGCGCAAGAGGUGCAGACUUUCUUCUCCCAACUGAUGAAGCAUGUCACGGUGUUCGACCUAGAGGAAGGCGAGAUCCAAUUCCAGAUCCCAAUGUUGUACCCACUUGAGAGCCUCAUACCAUCCAGCACUGGAAAGUGGUCACCGACAGCAGUAGUAAAAUGGAUCCAGGGCAUGCUGCAAUACGUCACCAAGCCGCUGCAGACGUACUUCCCUUCGAUUCCGACCGACAUCAUCUCGAGACUCUGGAGUGGAGAGUUGGGCUUCUCUCCACUGCCUUCCUUACCAAGUUCCAUGCUAGGAGUUCUGCCGCCGUUCGAAAGUCUGGGCAAGGGCUUCAUCCUCCCCAACAAUCAAUUGCUGACAUUUGGUGGAGAGAGCUUCCAAAUCCAAGGAGGUGAAUGCAGCUACAUUCUGGCUCAUGACUUCCUUGACUCCAACUUCACCCUUAUCUUGGACUUAACACAAGGGAAAAAGAGCAUUCGCAUCACAGUUGGAGAGAUAUCUGUCACACUUACUCCUGACUAUCAAGUGGAGAUGAAUGGUAAGGGGGUGAACCUCCCAUAUGACUCGAAUCACCUACAAGUCAGUUCUGGUUCAGAUGGAGAAUUGGUAAAGAUCAAGAUGAAGGACGAAGGGCUGCGUAUGACAUGUGAUCGGAUCAAGGAUACCUGCAUGGUAUCUGUGGGCGGGUGGUACCAUGGUCGAUCGCGUGGUCUCCUGGGAUCCAAUGACCAUGAGAAUUUCAACGACUUUUACUCACCAGAAGGAAAGCCAAUGGGAUCCUUGGCUGAAUGGGAGAGGAGCUGGGCUGCAGGAAAGUGUGAUGGUCCAGUGGCUGAAAAGCCCACCAAUGGAGGAAUGGAGAAAAUAUGUCGCACCCUGUUCUCUGAUGACACGUCUGGACUCAGCUCCUGCUUUAGAAGCAUAUCCCCAGUGGAGUUCAAAGUUUCUUGCAUGGCCACAUCUGAUGAGAAUGGGGCUUGUCAAAUUGCCUCUGGGUACCAAUGGGCUUGUUAUGCCUCCCACGGCAUCCUCACAACACUCCCGGAUUCAUGUGUGAAAUGUGGAGACAUCAAGCUUGGGGAGAAGAUAGAUUCCCAGGAAGGAACUGAAACAGCCGAAAUAACAUUCGUCAUGUCACACAAGUCAUGCUUCAAUGAUUUGGGAGAGAAGGCUCUUCAAAAAAUGUCCAAUGACAUCAAAAAACAACUUCAGAGCAAAGGAUUCAAGAGUGUGAAGACUGAAGUCCUGGGAUAUGACUGGAAUGUCUGGGGAAGGCCAAAAUGGGUUGACUCCAAUAGUGAAUCAGAAUUUGAUGCUUUCCAUGUUGAAAAUGAGGUGAAAAAUGGGAUGGACAGUCCUCUACAAGCUCUCCAUGAGGCGGCCACCAGAUCACAUACCAAGAACGCUGCAAAGGCCAUCAUUCUCCUAACUUGUUCUCCCUGUGAGGCAUUUUGGAAAACGCAGAUAAGACAGGUACGCCUAGGCUAU